AUGCACCUCGAGGGGAAGUUUUUGUGUUUCUGUGCAAGCACAGUUUCCGUCUCUCACCGUCCUGCUGUUCAUGUCCUUGUGUGGUACACCCUCACCACCAUACACCACCACUACAGAAAGAGGACUCUAACAACUGCUCUCCUCUGUGUGUCUCUCAGGUGCAACAACCCAUCCGUCAUAGUUCAUUCGGGCGCCAAGCAUCCUCCCCCUGUCGAGUCUCCGGACACGCUGAAAAAGCGGCGAAUCCACUGCUGCGACUUCAACGGCUGCAACAAAGUGUACACCAAGAGCUCCCACCUCAAAGCGCACCGCAGGACACACACCGGCGAGAAACCCUACAAGUGCAUGUGGGAAGGCUGCACGUGGAAGUUCGCCCGUUCGGACGAGCUGACGAGACACUUCCGCAAGCACACAGGGGUCAAGCCGUUCCAGUGCCCCGACUGCGAACGCAGCUUCUCCCGCUCCGACCACCUGGCUCUGCACAAGAAGCGCCACCUCCUGGUGUGAGAACCGGAAGGGGGUGCAGCUUGAAAAAAAGAAACUCGGUGCUGGUUUCAACGUUGGACUGUACCACUUUGACUUGAGUUGGCUUACACGUUGGACUCUGUUAGGGAGUGGGGAAACGUUCCUCAGGGUGCAAGUUUAGACCCUUUAUCCCCAUUGGCCCUGAACGUUAGCCGGCGUGAGUCUAUUUAUCAUGUAACCAUCACUCACCAUCCUGCAGACUUAUCAUCAGCUCGGUUUGACUUUAAAAUAAUGCACAAGGAUCGGCUGUGGAAGGCCCUCUGCAUCUCAGCUGGCCUGAGAUGCAGAGGCCUCUUCUGGCCACAGAACCAAACUGCGUUUCAGCCACAUAGAGCACACUCAAGCUUCUUCAUUACGACAUCAGCUCUCAUUUCUCUGCAUGCAGUCAAGUAAUGAUUGUGGACUCAAACACACACACACACACACACACACACACACGCGCUAUUAGCUAGCUAGGCCAAUAUAAUGUGAAACUCCAGAAUGUAUCAUAUCUCACCUACUGUGCAUCGUGUCAUACAUAUGUCAGCUUUCUCGCAACGGCACAGCUACCUUUGACGUAACGCUAAUGCUAACUCCUCCUUCAUGGACCGACACAUCCAAACAUCACACACCUCACCUGCCUCUGUUAACUUACAUUAUGGAGUGACUCAAAAAAUCUAAAACUCAAAAAACAAAAACAGGUAGCCAUUGCUCGCUUUCUCUUGUACAUACAUGCAUACAUGUUUAACGGCACACACAGCAAGAAAACAUGCACUUAAUAAAAGCAGCCUCGGUCUGGUGUGCUUUUUCGGUAUUUGGGUUGGAAAAAAGAAAAGAAAAGUGGGACUCUGGGUCUCAUUCAUUGUCGGAGUGAAGUGUUUGAAUUGUUUGUUUUCAUUCAGAAAUGUGAACAUUGCUGCACAGGGGCAUUAUUGUGUUGGCGAGGAAAAGACACCACUUUGUUGGUUUAAGGGUAGAAGCAAUGAUAUGUCUUAUAUCGCGUUUGUGUAUCUAUAUGAACUAUUGUGACACAAUGGUAGCCUUUUUUUAUCAUGUAUGACACGUUUAUGGGAAAAAUGCAAAGCAGGGUUCAUUAGUUUUUCAGGAGCAGAUGAGGUUCAUUCCAGCCCGCCACACCGGAUAUAUGUAAUUUCAUAGUAAAUAACGUCUUCUACAGUUUUCUUAAUAGGAGGUCAUAACACAUAUGUGCUCCAACUACACCGUCAUAUUUUUACAGCACAACAAGAAAAUAGUUUUGCUCAUAGUGUCUUUGUACAUGUCUCCAAUGUGCACUUUAUAUAUAUGCAUAUAUAUAUGUGUAUAUAUAAAUAUAUAUAUAUAUAUAUAUAUAUAUUAUAAUUGAUUAUUAGACUGAAAGGGCAAUUAAAGGUUUUUUAUUAAGCAUGAUUUUGAUACACUCAUAAUAAUGGAUAUUACACAUGUCUAUAAUGUUCUGUCUAUAAUAAACCCCAUCUCUUUUUAAUCUAAACGUUGGCAAUUCAAAGGGAACAUGUUAAACUGUGAACAUAUAACUGUACAGGUCUAUCUGAAAUUUGUGCCUUUUAUUUUAAGAAAGAAUAUUCAUACCACUUAAUAAACUUAUUGAUAAUAUUUGCAAAA